AUGGCUGAUGAUGAUAGAGACGAGGUACCUAUGCUGUCAAUCUCAGGUGCAAAUUCACUAAUGUCGGAUGAAGUUGUGGAUGAUGCUAGAUACAGGGAUGUGCUCUUAAGAUCUCGUAGUGCGACCUUCACCAUUCCUGUGGAUAGGUACGAGAACGAGAACCAUCUCGGAGGCUUUACAGGCCCACUUCGCAGUGAGAGGAGAAUGCCCCCGACUCAACUCAGUGGUCCUCUGUUCAUAAGCAGCCCAUCUGAACAUGUUUCGCAUCAGAAGCCUGGUUUGCCUAGGAACAAGACUGUGAAACAGGAUUAUCAUUGGAGUCGUGAUAAGCAUGGUGCUAAGAAUGAACAUCUAUUGAGGUCUGGUCCCUUGGGGAUGUGCAGUGACCCUUACUGCACAACCUGUCCCACCUAUUACAAUACCACCGCAGCAAAGCAGAAGCAUUCAAGAACUUCCCUUAUUUUUGACCAUCAGUUCCAUAAUGCUCUGUAUGGUGAUGCAAAAAGUUGGGCAAGGAGGUUCUUUUCCUACUUUACUCCAUAUAUCCCCCCGGUCAUGAAUCCUCAUACCAAAAUCGUUCAAAGGUGGAACAAGUUUUUCGUCAUUUCGUGUCUGGUGGCCAUUUUUCUUGACCCGUUGUUUUUCUUCUUGCUAGGUGUGGACCAGGAUAACAAGUGCAUAUACAUAAACUACACGUUAACGACGACGAUUGUGGUCUUAAGGAGUGUGACUGAUUUUGUAUACUUGUUGAACAUACUUCUCCAGUUUAGGUUGGCUUAUGUAGCUCCUGAAUCUACUGUGGUUGGUGCUGGAGAGUUAGUUGACCAUCCCAAGAAGAUUGCAAAGAAUUACAUACGUAAAUGCUUUUUCAUUGACUUGUUCAUUGUACUGCCUCUUCCUCAAAUCAUCGUAUUAAUGGUUCUACCAGACAUUUUGGGAUCAUCUGGAGCCAAUUAUGCUAAAAACCUUCUAAGGGCAGCAGUUCUUGUACAAUAUAUUCCUAGAUUGUAUAGGUUCUUACCACUUCUUAUUGGUCAGUCAGAGAGUGGCUUCAUAUUUGAGACGGCAUGGGCAAACUUCUUUAUCAACCUUCUCACUUUUAUGUUGUCUGGGCAUGUGAUGGGAUCAUGUUGGUACCUCUUUGGAUUACAGAGGGUUAAUCAGUGCUUCCGUGAUGCCUGCCGUAAUUCUAAUAUCACCAACUGUGUGAAUUUCGUAGAUUGUGGCCAUGGUGAUGACUUAAGAGAAUUUUCUCGCAAACCUGAAUGGAAAAUAUGGACAAGUAAUGUCAAUGCCACUGCAUGUUUUAUGACAAGUGGUGGCUUUUCUUAUGGGAUUUAUGCUCAAGCGGUCAACCUCACCACAAAAAGUAGUUUUAUCACUAGAUACACAUAUUCAUUGUUUUGGGGUUUUCAGCAAAUCAGCACUCUUGCUGGAAACCAGGUACCAAGCUAUUUUGUGUGGGAAGUCCUUUUCACAAUGCUAAUAGUUGGACUUGGCCUGUUGCUCUUUGCAUUUCUCAUUGGCAACAUGCAGAACUUUCUCCAGGCUCUUGGAAGGAGGAGGUUAGAAAUGUCUCUAAGGCGACGUGAUGUGGACCAGUGGAUGAGUCAUCGGCGUUUGCCACAAGAACUAAGGAGGAAAGUGGUGGAAGCUGAACGGUAUAAUUGGGCUGCUACCAGAGGAGCGAAUGAAGAACUGCUCUUGGAGAAUUUACCUGAAGAUCUCCAAAGAGAAAUUAGAAGGCAUUUAUUCAAUUUUGUUAAGCAGGUGUGGAUAUUUGGGUUGAUGGAUGUCAACGUACUGGACGCCAUCUGCGAGAAACUGAAACAGCGAAUAUACAUCAAGGGCAGUGAAAUCUUCUACCGCGGCGGUGUGGUGGAUAAGAUGGUGUUCAUCGUUCGGGGAAAGUUGGAGAGCGUGGGGGCGGAUGGAACUGAAAUCAUUUUGUCCGAAGGCCAAGUCUGUGGGGAGGAACUGCUAACUUGGUGUCUUGAGCAUGCUUCUUCAGUCAGCAAAGAAGGCAUGAAAAUCAAGGUGCCAGGGCAGAGAUUAAUCAGCAGCAGAACAGUAAGGUGCUUAACCAACGUGGAGGCAUUCUCACUUCGAGCGAUCGACCUGGAAGAUGUCACCAGCAUUUUCGCCAGGAGCUUGAGGAAUCCACGAGUCCAAAGCGCCAUCAGGUAUGCAUCCCCUUACUGGAGAAGCAUAGCAGCAAUGCGGAUUCAAGUUGCGUGGAGGUACCGGCAGAAGAGACUGAGGCGAAUGGAGAGUAGUAGCGCUGAGACGAGACCGAACUGUGCUUCGUCUUACCCUCGUCCUCAGCGUCAUCAUUUUGCCUGA